UGUAAGAUGGAGCACUUUGUUCUUGUGCACGGUGCCGGCCACGGCGCCUGGUGCUGGUUCAAGCUUGUGUGCCUGCUCCAGGGCUCCGGCCACCGCGUCUCCUGCCUCGACCUCGCCGGGGCCGCAGGCAGCCGUGUCGACCCCAACGACGUCCGAUCCUUCGAUGAGUACGACGCGCCGCUCGUAGACUUCAUGGCAACCCUGCCGGACGGCGACAAGGUAAUUUUGGUAGGACACAGCGCAGGAGGGCUAAGCAUGACCCACGCGAUGCAUUUGUUCAGAGACAAAAUCAAGCAAGCGAUCUUCAUAGCAGCAACCAUGCUCCCGUUUGGCUACCAAACAGAACAAGACAUCAAAGAUGGUAUACCUGAUUUAUCCGAGUUUGGGGACGUGUAUGACCUGAAAUUUGGACUGGGAGAAGAUCAUCCACCUACAUGCGUGGCUCUGAGAAAGGAGUACCAGCGCACAAUCCUGUAUCAACGAAGCCCCCAAGAGGACUCUGCACUUGCCUCAAUUCUACUGCGUCCAUGGCCAGCCGCGCUAAGCACCUCCAGGUUUGGUCGUGUGGAUGACGGUGUUGAGAGCACUGUCAGCGCAGUCCGUCGCGUGUACAUAAAAACGGCGGACGACCACAUGGUGAAGCCGGAGCAGCAGGAGGCCAUGAUCCGCCGGUGGCCGCCCGGCGAGGUGAUGGUCAUGGACACUGACCACAGCCCUUUCUUCUCCGCACCGGAGCACCUCUUGGAGCUGAUCCUCAAGUCCUUGUGACCGGUGGUGUACCCAUAUUCGCGAUCCCAGCGGAGGCUUGGCCUGUUC